GACGAUCAAAUUCGACUACCUGUACAUUUUGCUAAGUGUUUUUAUCAAUUUUAUUUAAAAAAUAAUGGACAAGAUGACUGUAGAUCCAUCCAAGUCGAUUCCUGCAUUUUACGCUGGACAAAGUAUACUUUUGACUGGUGGAACAGGAUUUCUGGGUAAAGUUUUUAUCGAAAAAGUUUUACGAUCUUGUCCAGAUGUUCGCGAAAUAUUUCUAUUAAUGCGACCGAAGAAAGGAUUAAGUAUUAAAGAAAGACUCAGUAAAAUAUUAAACCUACCACUAUUUGAAAAAUUGCGCGAGGAGCGACCUUCGAAUUUUGAGAAAUUAAUUGUAAUUUCUGGUGAUGCCAGUGAGAAAAAUAUGGGUUUGUCGGCUACGGACAGGCAAAUGCUGGUUGAAAGAGUGACUAUAAUAAUUCAUGCAGCCGCGAGUGUGAGAUUCAAUAAUAGUUUAAAGUAUGCCAUAUUUGCCAAUACCAGAGCAACAAGAGACAUCUGUAUUUUAGCACAAAAUAUGAAGAAUUUAAUCGCAUUAGUAUACGUUAGUACAGCAUUUGCACACAUGAAUGAACCAUUUGUAGAUGAAAAAGUGUACCUGCCAAUAGCUGAUUGGCAAAAGAUAAUUGAAAUAGUUGAGACAUCGGAUGAGCAUACUUUAAACGUUUUUACGGCUAAGUGUUUGGACUAUGCACCCAAUACAUACAUUUUUUCAAAAAACCUUGCGGAAAAGGUAAUACAAGAUUAUUCUUCUUCCUUGCCUUGUGCGAUUGUAAGACCUUCCAUUGUGGCGUCAACAUUUCAAGAACCUUUUCCAGGAUGGCUAGAUAAUGUUUAUGGUCCAAUAGGAAUUACUAUUGGCGCUGGAAAAGGAAUAAUACGAGUAAUGUAUACAAACGGAACUAUUAACGAAGAUUUCGUACCAGUAGACAUUGUUAUUAAAAUUGUAAUAAUCGUAACUUGGAAGGUAGGAUUAACCACGUAUGAUCACAGCAUUACAGAUUCCGCACCUUUAAUUGUAAAUUGCACCAGUAUAAAAUACUUUACUUAUCAAGAUUGUGCAAAUGUGAUGUAUACUAUUGCAAAUGAGGUACCUUUCGAAGCAACUGUCUGGACACCUUAUGUAAUAUUUACUCCAAAUUUCGUUCUAUUCUAUAUACUAACAAUGUUAUUGCAUAUUCUACCAGCUAUAUUAAUAGAUCUGAUUUUAAAAUUCACUGGACAUCAACCAAUGUUAGUGCAACUCCAAAGAAGAGUAUACGUGGCCAGUUGUGCUGUGAGUUACUUUACAUUCCAUGAAUUGAAAUGCAACAAUGCCAAUAGGUUGACACUGAUGUCUUUAGUACCGCAAGACAAUGUUGCUUCGUUUUUUUUUGAUGUUUCCACUUUUGAUAUUAGAACGUAUUGCAAAAAUUGUGCCAUUGGUGCCAAAAAGUUUCUUCUUCAUGAAGACAUGAAUCGAUUAGAUGCAGCCAAAGCACAUAAUAAAAGAGUGUAUUUGCUCGUCACAAUAGUAAAAACUAUUACAUUUAUUGGAUUACUGUGGAUAAUAUAUAAGUGGAUCUUUUUCGGUACAUUAUAAAAUUGCUGAUUUAGACUUAUCCAUAUUUAUCAAAUUAUAUUUUAC